AUGUUUGAUUGGUUCAGACAUUUUAUCACCCUAAAUUCGAAUCAAUCCGGUCCGAUUACACCCCUAGUGUUGCCUACUGAUCCUGUGUUGACUGAAGAUCUUGUGGUCAUUCAACCUGUGUUGCCUACUAAUCCUGUGGUCCCUGAACCUGUGUUGACUGAACAUCCUGUGGUCCCUGAACCUGUGUUACCUACUGAUCCUGUGGUCCCUGAACCUGUGUUGCCGACUGUGAGGAGCCAUGGUAGGAAGAGUGAUUCUGAUGAGAGUGAGAUAGAAUUCUCCAGUGAUUCUGAUAGUGACAGUUAUACUGUCAUAGACAAUGAUGAUGAAAUAUGCAAAGACUUGCCAAAUGAUGGCUUUGAUGAUGAUAAUGAACCUCUUCAGGAUGGUGAUCAACAUAUCAUUGAGGAUGAGUAUGAGAGUGAUGAGCUGAUGAGUGAUGUAUCUAGUAGUGAAGAAGAUAUUCCAUCCAGGCCCAGGUUUGAGAGGUUCAAGAGAGAGUUGCUGGACAAAGAUUACAAGUUCAAAUUGGAGAUGGAGUUUGCCAAUACAACGGAUUUUAAGGAUGCUAUCCUUCAACAUUCAGUUCUGAAUGGGAAGUGUGUGGAGUACAAGAAGAAUGAUAAGAUGAGGGUGAGGUUUGUAUGCAAGCAUAAAGAAUGUGGGUUUGUUGCAUUUCUAUCCAAGGUUUCAGGGACUGCAACCUAUAGGAUUAAGACACUAAAUCCUAACCAAACUUGUGGAAGGACCUUCAAUAAUAAGAAUGCAAAAGCUAAGUGGAUUGCAAAGGUGGUUGAAGAAAGAAUGAAAAAUACAAGUGGUGAUGUGCAAGUGAAGGACAUAAUUAAUGAGAUGAGGACCAGGUUUAGUAUAGGUGUUAGCUGGGGAACUGCUUGGAAUGCAAGAAGGAUGGCCAAGGCUGCUGUUGAGGGAGAUGCCCUAAAGCAGCACACCAUGCUUAGGUCUUAUGCAACUGAGCUUACGAGGGUCGAUCAUCAAAAUUCAGUAGCUUUAAUUCUGAGAUAUGUUCCCAUCACUCUUCAGCCAAGAUUUGGAUCUUUCUAUAUGUGUUUGGAGGGGUGCAAAUCUGCCUUUAAUCAAGCAUGCAUACCAUUCAUUGGUAUUGAUGGUUGCCACCUCAAAACUAAGUAUGGUGACAUCCUUCUUAUUGUUGUGGGCAAGGACCCAAAUGAUCAGUACUUCCCACUAGCAUUUGCAGUGGGGUUGCUACAAGUAUUUGCAGAGGAUCUUCCUGGUGUAGAACAUCGCUUCUGUGUGAGGCACUUGUACGCAAACUUCAAGAAGAGGUUUGGUGGAGGCACUAAGAUAAAAGAUCUGUUGAUGUGGGCAUCUAAAGCAACAUAG